AUGUCGCAUUUUCGUGCGCUCAUCCUGACGAUACUGGUUUCGUUACUCUUCGUUGCAGCAGCUGAAAGCGAUCGAAUUAUCCGGAGUGGUCCGUUACCGAACGCCUUCAACAUGCCAUUUCGCGUAAUUGGAAAGCGAAAUCAAUUUUAUGGAUUAUUCAAGAAGCUUAACUACGAAUCUCCCAAACCCAUCUACAUGCAUGACGGAUUUGGAUUGCCACAUUGA